UAUUACAUUUAUUGAGAAUGGCACUGUCAAGAGGUGAUGUAAGGAAACAUUUAGAAGAUCUGGGAUACUACAACGUUAGUGAGGACCUACUGGAUGUCUUUGCAAAAGAUCUGAAUCAGUUUGUUUUAAACGAAAGCUCUGCUAGCAGUAGGUGUUCGAGUGCUCCAUCUCACGAUGCAUCAGGAUUGUCAGACGUAACAAACACAAGCUCAAGAAAACGGAUUACUAAACAUCGCAACGGAAACACAAGCGUUUCGAUCCGAGAAACUCCGAGUUACAUUGAAAACUCGGCUGAUGCUACCAAAUUAAAAAACAGAGACUCAACUUUUGACAUAUCGGACUCCAUUUCUACGACAUCAUUAUCAACCGUCGAUGACAAUAAACCAUUUCCGAGGAAAGUAUGGGACGAGAACGAGAGAUUGCCUGCAUGUAUCAUUCCCCGACCUCAGACCUCACUGAAAUCAGAUCCUUUGAAGGCCUACAAGAAAUAUGAGGUUUCUUGGAAUCAGCAUAGUGUGCCAGGCCAGAAACGUCACUCAGCUCUUAGGAGUGCUAUCAAGCGUCAGAUGAUGGAAUGUGAUCUCACUCCCUUCGUUCCUCAACAGAGAGACGUCUCCGUCAACAAAUACCAGGUACCAACCAGCAAGAAAAGAGAACGGCUAAGAUGGGCAGUACGCAACCAGAUGAUGGGAUAAUAUUUACACGUGGGAUAAAUAUGUGCACGUGCGCGUGCAGCCUUAUCUUCAGUCAAGCACAAGAAUUAUUUCGCUCUCUGGAUUGUUUGUCCAUCCAAGCUGCCACAACCCUAGGUUCAUUUAAUCAGAGUUAUAUUCACGAUACAGCCUAUUAUGGCACACAGAUGAUUUGAUUGGCUUUGUUUUCUUGCUGACGGGGGUGUUAGCUGUUUAUCAUCAUGGGCCAUUAUUGAUUGAUGUUUUCCAGACUUUUAUAAGACAGUUCACACUUGUGACUAAUAUUAUUCACUGACAGCGACACAAUUUUGUACCACAUUUUUUGUAUCACUAUCAUUGAUACGUAUAUCUGCGGAUCUUUAUUGCUAUAUAAAUAUUAAUAUUACGCCAAAUAUUUACAAAAUUGAUUUGAUUGACAACAGUUCCGCUUGUAAAGUUGUAACUAAGUAAAUAAACAUUUUAUUUUAUCCGGUAAACUUUUUUUAAUUUUGUUUGUGGGAUAAAUAUGUCUACAACUUAAAAAGAGAAACAAUAUUUUUUUCAAGAAAUAAAUCCCAGUGC